AUGGAUUUACCUUCCCUACUGAAAACGGCACCUUCCAUCAAAGUUAAGACGUUCGCUGAUGAUAUUAAAAUCUAUGGAAUUUAUGAACUUUCCAACUGUGAUGAAGUUCGUUUAGGUUGGAAAUAG